AAGUAGAACUACAGAGCCGGGUGAUCCCAGACUGACUCACACUCAAAACGUAAGCCUUGAGGAGGUGACUGGAGUGAGCGCUCCUAGACGCACCAGGACCUCCUUUAUUUCAGAGGUGCUCAGCUCAAGACAGCUUGCUUUGGAUCUCUCAGACUUAAAGGACCCGCGUCCACCCACCAACAAGCCCUGCCCCGGCGCCUCGGCGUCCUGAUGUCACUUUUGCACACCCUGGAGGGGGCGGGGAGAAGCAGGAGCCUGGGUCUGGACUGGAAUUGAAUGUUUGGCGGCUCCUGCUGAGGGAGCAGCUGUGGCACUGCUGUGUUUUCUUCUGGCAGUUUUCGCAUCAGGGCCUGGUGCCAAGAAUGUCAACAAGAGUUUUGGCUUUUGCUCCUGAGACAGAAAUUCAGAGAAUAGCAACAAAGAGAAUGGCUGCAUCUCCAGUAAACGCUCACCAGGGUCUGUUGACAUUCAGGGAUGUGGUUGUGGACUUUACCCAAGAGGAAUGGGAAUGUCUGGAGUCUUCUUGGAGGGCUUUAUACAUCGAUGUGAUGCUGGAGAAUUACAACAAUCUAGUCUUUGUAAAGAAACAUCGCAUAUGUAGAAAAAAUAAAAAGUUCUUAGAUCAAGACUCAAAGCACAUUGCCUAUCAGUCUGUGAAUAUCCAAAAGAAGCCUAAUAAAUGUAAUAAACUUGGCAAAAUGGUUCAUGAAUCAUCCCAAUGUACACUUUAUAACACAAAUGAUACUACAGAAAACUGCAAUGAAUAUGAUUGUGGCUACCACAUGGAUGCUUCUGUUGAAUCAUCAAACCAUAAAAGUGUGAACAGUGGAGAAAAACCCUGUAAAUGUAAAGACUGUGGAAAAUGUACCACCACUAGUCAAAAUCACAGAAAGCACACUGGAAAGAAAGAACACAAAAAUACAGAGUAUGAUGUAUCAUUCGACUCUAAACAUAAACUCACAUUGAAACGAUUCCAUAGUAGAGAGAAAAAACACCAAUGUAGGACAUGUGGACAAUGCUUUCUGACACAUUCAAGCCUCAAUAGACAACAGAGAAAUCAUUCUGGAUCAAAAUCCUACAAUUGUGAACAAUGUGGCAAUUGCUUUUCUCAGUUGUAUCAGAUUAAAAAACAUUUCAAAACCCAUACUGGAAAGAAACCUUACAAAUAUAGUGAUUGUGAAAAUUCCUUCACCAGUGUCUCAUGUCUUAUUAAUCAUCAAAGAAUUCACACAGGAGAAAAAACUUAUAAAUGCAGAGAAUGUGAGAAAUCUUUUACAUGUAGCUUACAUCUUAGAAGACAUCAGAGACUUCAUACAGGAGAAAAACCUUACAAAUGUAGUGAAUGUGGAAAAUCCUUUACUUGUGGCUCAACUCUUAGAGAACAUCAGAGAAUCCAUACAGGAGAGAAACCAUACAAAUGUAAUGAGUGUGAGAAAUCAUAUAAACAUGGCUCAAGUCUUAGAACACAUCAAAGAAUUCACACAGGAGACAAACCUUACAAAUGUAGUGAAUGUGAGAAAUCUUUUACUUGUGGUUCAAUAUUCAGAAACCAUCAGAGAUUUCAUACAGGAGAAAUUCCUUAUAAAUGUAGUGAAUGUGAGAAAUCUUUUACAUGUAUCUCAACAUUUAGAAACCAUCAGAGAGUUCAUAGAGAAGAAAUUCCUUACAAAUGUAGUGAAUGUGAGAAAUCCUUUAUAUCUGUCUCAAAUCUUAGAAGACAUUACAGGACACAUACAGGUCAAAAACCUUAUAAAUGUAAUGAAUGUGAGAAAUCAUUUCCAUUUGUCUCAACUCUUAAAAAACAUCAAAACACUCAUACAGGUGAGAAACCAUAUAAAUGUAAAGAAUGUGAGAAAUCAUUUACAUAUAGUUCACAUCUUAGAAGACACCAGAGAAUUCAUACAGGAGAAAAACCUUACAUAUGUAGUGAAUGUGACAAAGUCUUUACUCGUCUCUCAGGUCUAAGGGAACACAAGAAAAUUCACACAAGAGAGAAAAUUUUCAACAGUAAAUAAUAUAGCAUACCUUUUAUUCAACGCUCUGUUCUAGAGACCACUGCAGGCUUCAUUGUAGAUAAUAAUUAGGAACAUGAGAAACCAUGAAAGUCUUAGAUAAUAUAAAAAAUUUUAUAUUGAGUAAUAUUGUGAACAUUGGACUACCUAGGAAAAUUUCCUUAAAAUAUCUUACUAUUUUAGCUUUAAAUAUUGCACAAUGAACAGAAAAUAUAGAGGCAUAAAUAAUGGCUUGUGUUUGCAGCCAUUUCCUCGAGACUGAAACAUUUCAACUGGAGAGGAACCUGAGUAAAUGGCUAAAAAUAAAUAACUUUGAGAAAUAUUAUAAAGUGAAAGAAUUCUCUCUGCUUAACUCACAUGAAGAAACUUCAACAAGUCCUGACAAACUGGCCACCAAGAAAGGAUGUCCUUCAACCUGUGGAUAAGCCUGCAAGUGUGCAGUGUGCCAUGGCUGUCCAGUUGUCCUAAGCUGUAUCCCAUGAAGCUUU